CCGGAAGACUGUCAAUGUUAUUUCAUCAGCCGACACAGCAUGUUUCAUCAACAGUGAGACACAAUUUCUAUGAAUACCUUUUUUAAGUUUAUUUCUUACUUCAUGAUAUUAAGACGCGUUUAUAAUUCAGCCUUAGCGACCCGAGACGGAAGAGCUAUGUGCAAAGAACUGAAUACUAAAAUGCUGCUCUUGUCACCGCAGUCGCAGAUGGUAAUGAAUGGACCAUCUGCCCGGUGUGAGGAAAGACUGCAAGGUAGGUUCAAUAUGUCACCAUUCAAACUCAAACAGCAAGGUUCUACAAUUAACAUAAAUAUGAGAAGCUAACAGUUGCUAGCUAGAUAUCUCAUUCUCAAGGUUUCAAGUGCACGUGUUAUGUAUUCUGCAAUAACAUUUCUCAAACUAACUAAUUGUUAGGCUUUUUGUCAAAUGCUUUGCAUUAACAUUCUGUUGUUGAAGGUCUACUCAUGAUGACAUGAGAUCAUACAUCAAUCAAUGUAAGCUAUUUGCAUAAGAGCAUUCAUUCCUAAUGGUUUGCUUUUGAACUGUAGAUUGUGCUGAAAUCCUGAAUUCAACAGUGAAGGCUCUAAAGGAUGGACAAGUUGUGGCUGUGCCAACGGACACAAUAUAUGGGCUGGCUUGCUUGGCUCAGAAUUCCAAUGCCAUCAAAACGGUGUAUGACAUCAAAGGACGUGAUGGUCAGAAACCCCUGGCCAUUUGUGUGGGAGAAAUCCAAGACAUUUACAAGUAGGUGUACAUUGAUGGUGUUCAUAGCGUUGUUCUUGUGGCUCAAAAUGUCUCAAUGUCUUGCAUACAUGCCUGACUCACACUAUAGGGCCAAGCUGGACUGGCCUGGCCUUGUUACGCAUCCAUCGUAGUUGCUAAAAUCUACCUUGCUGGAAAGGACAAAGUGAAAAUGAAAAUAUCGGUUCCAGCACAGUAUGGUUUGCUUCGGCCCUAUAAUGUGAAUCAGCCUAAAUUUUAUCUUUUAUUUUACCCUUGUGGUGGCAGGUACUGUAAGGUGUCAGUCAAGGAAGAGCUGCUUGGGGACCUGUUGCCUGGCCCUGUCACUCUGGUUCUGGAACGAGCUGAAGUACUCAACACUGACCUCAAUCCCUUCACUCCUGUAAGACUUACAUAGACACGGACCAUUACACAGACACGGACAAUUCGCUGUCCCUAAAAGAUGACAAAUUAUACUAUAAUUCAUAAACCACUCAAUUUGAACAUGUGUGUUGCUUUUCUGCAUGCUAGCUUUUGGUCUGGCACUUAGUAAGUUAUUUAUUGCUUGUAUUGAGCUGUUGUUGAUGUGUUUACCUGUUCCUUCCAGUUAGUAGGUGUGCGCAUCCCGGACCAUGCCUUCAUGAGACGCCUCUGCCAGAUGUGUGGGGAACCUCUUGCCCUCACCAGCGCCAACAUCAGCUCACACUCCAGCACUGUGGCUGUACAUGUAUGUAGAGACAACCCACCGUGUGUGUGAACUGUUUUUAUUCCAUGAACUGGAGGGGAGGUGGUACUGCAUCAUGUACAACCAACCAAGGUUUAUCAGUGCAUAAUUUUUUUUCACUGAUGCUGAAAAUGAUUUUGGAAAAAUAAUAGUUAUACAGGGAUUUUCUCUACAGGAGUUCCAGGAUCUGUGGCCUCUGUUAGCAGUGGUGGUGGAUGGCGGACCAAUAGGAGACAAGAGUCGGUUGGGGUCAACAGUGGUCGACCUAUCGGUGCUCGGCAAAUACCGAAUCAUCAGACCUGGCUGGUGAGUAGUGAUACUGGCAUGCUCAGCAGAGUACAGGCCACUGACUGUAACACAUUUCAAUCAAGCUAGUUAUGUUCAGGUAAUUCCGUUUAGUUAAUUCAUCCAAGUUAAAAGUACAUGAGCACAUUUUGUGAGUAGUAGUUUAAACAUACAUGAUAGUGAAAAUGACCUGUGGAAGUGAUAACCCCCCUGUGCUUUUUUGUUAUUUCUUUCAGUGCCUUCUCUUCCACAGUUGAUGUGCUGGAGCGCAAAUACGGACUGUCAGACACAGGGGAUCAUCAGUGAGGUUUGCCCCCUCCAAAUUCAUACCACAUGCUGAAACCCACAACCAGCAAGAACCUGUGCUUACCGUUGGCCAAAUACAACUCUGAAUGAUGGCAAUGCCUGCAACGCUGAGGCGAGUGAUGAAAGCACUCAUCUUUCUAAAGGAAGGACGGUCCUUUUGCACAUUGCAGGCUGUUGUGGAAAGCUCUGGGUUUCAUGUCAAACGUAAGGGAUUUGUUUAGCCUUUCUGUGUUAUUAGUUGUUCAAGCGUUCUUGUUUCUAUGGGAAAACCCUGGGCACUUAAAACUCAGUCUUUGCUUUUACAAAUUAACUUUUUUGUGUGGAGACUAGGUUGUUUUAGUCAAGCAUGCUUACACCCAACAGAAGACCCCACUCUUGCCUCCUCUCUAGUGGGUCAAAAUGGCAGAGGCUUGGCACAGAGUAAAGGUUGGAGUUCUACCCUGUUACUGUCAUUUUGAGUUAUGGCUAGGUUAAGCAAAGCUACUAUUUAAUUGAUUUAUUUCAAAUGUCCUUUUCAUGCAGUACAAAAUCAAGUCCUGUGGGUUUUAUGAACUGGUCUUGAGUGUUUCAGGGAUGUGAACAUUGUGUAAAUACAUGUUAUUUUCAUGGAGAAUUUAUUUAACAUUGUUUGGAACCAAUUUCAGACUGUAAGGAUGCGUCUACACAGGCAGCCCAAUUCUGAUAUUGUUUUCACUAAUUGGUAUUUUGAC